GUACGUGUCGGGGGCGGAGCCGCAGACGGCCCUUACAGCAUGGCCGCCGGCGCUGCCGCCGCCUUGGCCUUUCUGAGUCAGGAGAGCCGAGCCCGGGCCGGGGGGAUCGGCGGUCUGCGAGUCCCUACCCCGGUCACUAUGGACAGUUUUUUCUUCGGCUGUGAGCUCUCAGGCCACACCCGCUCUUUCACCUUCAAGGUAGAGGAAGAGGAUGAUGCGGAGCACGUGCUGGCUUUGACCAUGCUCUGCCUCACCGAGGGGGCCAAAGAUGAGUGUAAUGUGGUAGAAGUCGUGGCCCGGAAUCAUGACCACCAGGAGAUCGCAGUCCCUGUGGCCAACCUCAAGUUGUCCUGCCAACCCAUGCUCAGUUUGGAUGACUUCCAGCUCCAACCACCUGUAACCUUCCGCCUGAAGUCAGGUUCUGGCCCUGUGCGGAUCACUGGGCGGCACCAGAUUGUUACUAUAAGCAAUGAUGUUUCUGAGGAAGAGAGCGAAGAAGAGGGCAGUGAGGAGGAGGAAGCUGAGUUGUGCCCCAUCCUGCCUGCCAAGAAGCAGGGGGGCAGGUUCUAACCCUCCCUGGUCAGCUAGCUGCCUGCCACAUGCACAUGCACCAGGUUCCUGUACAAGUUUCAAGAAUUUUGUGUCUUCUCCAUUGAAGAGGAUGGGUAGUGGUGGGGUGGGGUGGGGUGGGUGGGGUUUGGUCUGGUGCUAGGAGAGAGGGAGUCCCAGUCUCCAUAGUGCCCUGGUGUUCUAAUCCUGUACCACACCCGGAGCUUCCCUUUUCUUCAGGAGUGGGAGGAACUCUGAACUUCCAUCCUGACCCUCUCUCCCCACUUGCUUAUGAGGUUGGAGGUCAGCAUCUGAUGCUCAGGACUACACAUUUUUAACAUUUUUUUACAUUUUUGGAUAAAGGUUGAAAUAAAGUGGUGUGGAGUUUUUUCUGCAA